AUGGCUCUUCCUGCAGCAAGUUCUACAUCAGUUGGUGGUGGCCGAGGGGGACCUUCAAAGUCAGUUUCACCCAGGGCAUCUGGUGGAGGAUCUACAGUGAGGCAAAGAAAAGCUCCAGCGUCAAACAGUAGUGGCUCCAGGAAAACUGCCGGCAGCAGUGCUGGCAUGUGGCGCUUCUACACCGAGGAUUCCCCAGGAAUUAAAGUGGGCCCAGUUCCAGUACUUGUCAUGAGCCUCAUCUUCAUUGCGUCUGUGUUCAUGCUGCACAUCUGGGGGAAAUACACACGCGGCUAG